AUGCAGGGCAACGAGAGUCAGCAGCACCAUCCCCUUCAGCGUGGGGACCACGUGACGGCGGCGACGCUGCCUGUGGACUCAUCGUUCGUAUUUGACGAGGGACGAGGGACUACUCCUUUCAGCCAGCAGGGCACGCAGCAGCCAACCCUGUCGGCAUCACGUCAGCGUCCGCGCUUUGCCACCGCACAGGACCUUGAUGACGCCCUCUUGCAGGCUAUUGAGGGCAAAAUCACCCGCAAGAAUGCGUGGGUCUCAAAGGACGCCAGCAACCUGCUGGAGGGCAUCACCCAUACGGUGGAGAGUACGCUGGAUUCCGCGACAGUCACCGACGAAUACUCCAGUUUUGCCAAGGUAGCAACGGUUGUAGAGGGCUGCUCAAAGGUGUGGACCAGCCGCGUUGACAGCACCUACCAGCGCUCCAACCAGAUGGUGCGGCGCCUGCUGCGGAACGAAGAGGGCGACGGGGACGGCAGCGACGGCGAGGGAAAUGGCGCCGACGGGUACGCGGCUGGUGAGAGCUCCGCCGCCGCCACAGCCGAGCGCAGGAAAAAGGCCGCCGAGCGCCGCACGCGGUCAGUCCGCACCAUCGCCCUGGACCCGUCGGAGAUCAACUUGGACGGUAAGGGUCGCAUGACGCUUGUCCACACUGGCGUGAACGCACAGUUUCGUGCCAUCACGGAAAAGUUUGAUCAGGGCAACGCGCAGGGUCUGCUGUUGCACAAUACACCACUGGGGAGCACAGGAAAUUUGAUCCUCGACGUGGACUACACACGUGAGACAGGGCGGGAGUACUCCGCGCGACGAAGUCGCCUCUCUGGUGGAUCACGACACUCCAAGCAAGAGACGGAGGACGAAACAUUGAUGCUUGCCGCCGCUGAGGAGUUCGAUGUCGGCCUUGACACACCCCUCGAGCUGCCUUCGUUCCCGUCUGUUUUUUCGACAGCAGCAUCGGCGAGGCACAGUCCGCAGUCCGGCGAUAAGAGGGAAGGUGGUGGGGCAGUGAGCGGUAACCGGCUGAGCGGCGGCAGCAGCAGAGUGAAUACAGAGGAGGAGGUAUGGCGACCGUCCAUGAUGCUGCCGUCGCUGCUACUUUUACCGCACACGGCUCCGCCAGAGGCGAAAGAGCCUGGGGGUGGUGGCCACGCUACGACUGCAGGGGAACUACAGGGCCAGCAGCAGCACCAGCUUCCGGAAUACAAUCACGAUGGGGAUGAUGGGGCCUGGGGAGGCGGUGUGGACUACGGCGACGCCUUUGACGAUGACGACGAUGACAACAACAACACCGGCGCUGGUCUUGAUGUUUCAAAUGGAAAUGACGUAAAUACGGAAGCGCUGUGCGAGCGUGUCGCGGCGGAGGCACGCCAUUUGGUCUCGGGCGUCACCGAGCUCAAUGCCAUAGACGGUUGCCUUUUCGGGGAGAAUCGCCUGGCACUCGAGGCGGAAGACCCCACCUCAUGGUUCCCUCUUGCAGAGCCGCCGGCCAAUGCGCUGCUGGGUGGCGCAGCAGGCAAAAACUCCGAGUUGUUGCGGCUACACAAGGAACACCGCAUCACGCAGGCUGCCGCACACUCCCAGGGCGGGUCUACGCCGGCCAACAAGCGUGCGAAGCGUGGCAAGACCGUCGCGUUUAAUCUUCCAGGAGAGUUGGCCAUUGUCUCGGCCGCAAGUGGCCCCGGCAGUGGCGGGGCUGCGGAAAACUCCUCGUCCUCGUCCUUUUUCUUAUUGGGCGGGGGCGGCGUGGACAGUUCCGCCCUCAGGCAGAGCACGACCUUCGGGAAGAACAUGACACCGCUCGGGAAGGGGCUGUUGCUCGGUAAGGAUCCAAACGCCAUUCUUGCCUUUACUCAGAGUGUUGUGCAGCGUAGCAAGGCGCAAGAGGCAGGGUUGUUGCUUCCAGAACCACCUGUGCCAGGUAAAAGCAUUCCAGCGUAUCUGCCGUAUCCAAUUCAUGUGCCAGCUUUCUUUCAGCCCUUUUCAACCUCGCUGCUGCAGUGGAAUCUUCUACGCAAGUCCGCAUCAGGCCACAGUCUCGCACUCAGCAGCGCUGCGCCCUCCCGACGCGUGAGUGGCGUCCUUGUGAAUAAUAACUGGGACGCAAAAAGAAGUGGGGACACCCAGAGUCAAUUUGGUCACGACGACGAUGAUGACGACGACGGUAGUGGAUCCGGCACAGUUGGUGCCAUGCCCGUGGAAUUCUUUCAUGGCGGUGCGGAGGCUGACGACGAAUUCAUGGGCGCCGGUGGCUUCGAUGACUACGACGAGGAUGGCGGUGUCGCCUACGGGGAUACGGAGGACCCGCUGCGGCAAGUGGAGGCCCAAAUAUUGUCUAGUUUUGAGCGGCCAGAGUUGGCGCGGGCAAACGCCGCCACAACGGUGCAUAGCGACGGACGCCGCAGCGGCGCUAGUGCGCUUGCCGACGUUGAUCCACUGGCACUGGUGCGGGUACUGCAGCCGCCUCAGACGGCACUUCCAUCGCAGGUGGACGUUGUACGGCUGCGGCAGGAGAUGUGGGGGGCGCUAGAGAACGCGAUGCGACGCAGCCCCGCCGUCCAGGUGCAACACCACGAUGGGGAGGAGCGGCGGAAGUUGGCAGGUCACAAACGUCGCCGUGUGGACAGCGCAGCCGAGGAUGGCGCUGAGGAGCCGAGCGGUGAGGAGCUGCCGCGGUUCAGCGAGGUGGUUGUGCCCAUCCUUCCGCGGGUGUCGACGAUAUCUGCGACCGGCACGCUCUCGCCGGCUUUCUUCUUCUUUUCCAUCCUUUUCCUUGCCAACGAGCACGGGGUGAUGCUGGAGAGUGUGCCGGGGCUGGACGACCUCGUCGUGCUCGGCGUGAGCGGCCCAGCAACCCCUGCGGCCGCAGAGUGA